CCCAUCCCACAUUCUGCCUCGCUCCUUCCUUUCACAAAUCCUAACAAUGGAGAAUCUCAUGGCCACUUACCAAGACGAAGAAGAAGACGAAAUUACCCCCGACAAAGCUCCGCCCUCCGACGCUGAGGUUCAGCCUUCCACCACCGAAGAUCCGACUUCUAUCUCCGAAACUCCGCCUUCUACCGCCGAGGCUCCGCCUUUAGCCACCGAAACUCCGUCUUACACCGCAGAGGCUCCGCCAACAACAGAUGAAGCUCUUCCGUUAAUCGCAGAAAAUGGAAGUGUUGAUACUCCAGACGCCGAGUCCGAUUUACCGAAAAGUCCCCUGAAUUCCACCAAAAUUGAAGAAGAGGAGGACGACGACGACGACGAAGUAAAUGACGAUGAAGAGGAGGAAGAAGAAAAGCCAGAAACCGAAGCCGAAGUAGAAGAGCCACCAUCGAAGAAGCAGAAGCAGCUAUCCAGUUUAACCCUAUCAUCACCAAAAGUAGAAGAAGAAGAAGGUGAAAUGACUGAAUUACCCCUGUCAACACCUACAACAGCAACGAAGGGAACAGGAACGACGACGACGUCAAGCAGAAAGAAGGCGAAAUCCAAAUACAAGAAGAAAAACAACAACAACCACCUUUGGGGGAAAUCGAGUUCUCGAAAAGGCAAGAAGAAGAGCAAGAACAACAACAACACCAGCAAUCAAAAAUCCAACGGCAAGAAAAACAGCGCCGUUCCAGUACAGGAAGCAGAAGACAAAGUUUACAUAACACCAAUUCCAAGAUUCCCCGACAAAAAUGAUGAUAGCCCAGAUACAAAAAUCUGUCUUUCGAAAGUUUACAAGGCAGAAAAAGUUGAUGUAAGUGAAGAUAGAUUAACUGCAGGAAGUACAAAAGGUUAUAGAAUGGUGAGAGCAACAAGAGGGGUAUUGGAAGGAGCGUGGUAUUUCGAAAUUAAGGUAAUGAAGUUAGGUGAAACGGGGCAUACACGACUCGGGUGGUCAACAGAUAAAGGGGAUUUGCAGGCACCUGUUGGAUAUGAUGGGAAUAGUUUUGGCUAUAGAGAUAUUGAUGGUAGCAAGAUUCAUAAAGCUUUAAGAGAGAAUUACGGGGAAGAAGGUUACGGGGAAGGCGAUGUUAUUGGCUUUUAUAUUAAUUUACCUGAAGGUAGUCAAUAUGCUCCGAAACCGCCUCGGCUUGUUUGGUAUAAGGGACAGAGAUAUAUGUGUGCAUCUGAUCCUAAAGAAGAUCCUCCUAAAGUAAUUCCUGGGAGUGAGAUAUCUUUCUUCAAAAAUGGAGUUUGUCAAGGUGUUGCUUUCAAGGAUCUUUAUGGUGGUCGUUACUAUCCUGCUGCUUCAAUGUAUACACUUCCUGACCAACCUAAUUGCACUGUGAAGUUCAAUUUCGGCCCGGACUUUGAAUGCUUUCCUGAAGAAUUUGCUGGGCGCUCUGUUCCAAGACCGAUAGUUGAAGUUCCUUAUCAUGGAUUUGAUGGAAGAGUUGAGAAUGGUAAUUUAUGGCAUUCAACUAGGAUGUGCCCCAUGCUCAAAGUGGUAAAAGAGCAUGUAAAUAAAAUUGGAGAAGCUGCUGAAAUGGUCAGCUAAGCUUGAGCAAUGCACUCAGAUGUAGGGGUCUUUGGGUGCUUUGAUAUUGUAAAUUUGUAAACAUAAGUGAAGACCCCAUAAAAGAUGGGUGUUUGCUUUUGUGAUGAAUGGCUUGGUGAGAAAAUAAAGCAAGGUUUGGAAUGGCUGACGUUUAGACAGGGAGAGGUUAGGGAGGAGGGAGGAGGGAGCUGUUGGGAAUGACAAGUUGUAGCAAAGGCGCAACUUGGGCUAGUGACACAUUCUUAUAGUACAAGAGAACAAGGAUGGGAGAGAUGCUACCUUUUGGUGGAAAUAUGAGGUAGUGCAGCAAAGUGGCGGGGAGUGAAUAUAAAAACGAUCAUGAAGGCAAGCAGCCAAGGGUGUGGCAUAGCACUUCCAUUGGAGCGUACCCAAUAAAAAGACAGAGGUGCAUGCACGAAGGAUGUUAAUUAGACAGGUUGAUGAACUAUUAUGAUCUAUAGAUUUCCCAUCCAAGUAAUGUUUUGAACCUUUACUUCGUAUCUGUACUUUACUCUCAAGCCUCUCAACUUCCAUCCGCGAAGGCAAACUUGGACUCAUUGAAGAAAGCACCUGAGCUGAAGACCCAUGAGUGAUUCCUAUAGCUACAGACCGUAACUUAUCUUAUUGGUCCUCUGUACUAUGGUUUUCUCAUUCGAAUCAGUCAACAACUUGAAUGUUGUAGCUCUCUGUCUUGGCUGCUAGACAAGGAGCUUGGGAGAGAAACCGUGAUGGUGUCUUCUAAAUAAUACCAAUGAGAAAAAUACAUUAAGCUAAAAAGGUGUUAAAAUAAAGACAAGUUUUGCCCGAAAAUACAAAAGAAAGUAAAAAGAGAUGGUUGUAAGGAAGAGAGGUAGGUAUGGAGGUAGCAAGUUGUUGAAUAUAAAGGAAAAGAAGGGAUGGGAGGUGGAUAAAUUUUGUUAUGGUGGCGACUGGAUCUGUGACAAUGGAGUACCAACAUCAUAGUAAAAGGUUAUCUAGAUACUGUUAAGGUUUCAUAAAAAGUAAUAAGAGGUUGUGUGAUCCAUAUAGUUGCGCCAAAAAAAAUUGCACGCUUUUCGAUUGGAUCUAAGAGGAGGGAGAAGUAAAGGUGGUUGGAUUUUAUAUACAUGGGCCAUUUAGAGCACGAGGACAAGUUCUUGUUGGAAAUGAACACAUCUUGAUACCAUUUUAGUCAAGAAAUUUUGCUAUUGUUUAUCUUUGGAAAUGCAUAGUUUGAGAAGAGUAGAAAAUGUUUUGUUAUCUUGAAAUGUUGCAGAGGUGAGUAGUAUGUUAUAGUUGGAGUUGCGGUUCUCUCACUCAAUCGGUGCUUUGAUACUUGGAUAGCUCAACUUUUGGUUCAUCUCCAAAUGCCUUUUGGGGUAGUUUGCACGGUGAAGGAGAAGCAUGGUGCCAGUAGAAGUGAUGAAACGACGACUUUGGUGGUGUAGAUAGUUGCAACAAAGAGAGGAAGGAGAUCACCAGCAACAUACCACAUGUAAUCCUCCACAAGUGGGCUUUGGGGAGGGGUAGGAUAUACACAGACCUAACCCUCUUAUCUUUGAGGGGGGUAGAGGAAGGAGAUUGCAGAUUGAAAAAUAAAAUAAUCUUUCUUGUCAGAAAAUGGUGUAUUACACACGUUGUGCCAUGUUAGCAUUGUGUGUCUAAUUGACACAAUUUGUCUUCUCUUCAAGUGUUCAAUAGAUCCUUUAGUUUAGAUGCCAAACUGAAAAUCUUUGUGGUAAGCUUAAGGAGCAGCUGCCAUAUCCAUGCAGUUCCGUGGUGCGAUAUAGGUUUAUUUUGUUCCAAUAUUUAUGUUAUGGUCCCCUGUUAUGGAUCAAGUUACGAGAUGUUGCAAUAUGCAUUCUGAUUUAUUCUUCCUAAGACCUAUGGUGCUGGUUUGUUAAGAGAACUUGCAAUCUCUUGAGUUGAAGACUCAAAAACUUGAACAAUUUUGUACUUCACUUUCGAGUGACAAUUCAAAUAUCUUCAAAUACAACGUUGGUGGAUUAAUCAUUCA